AUGGAGAAUCACUCGUCAGACAAGGUGACCAUCAACAACCCAGCAGACAUCUCCAUCAUCAUUGGCUAUUUCAUCAUGGUUGUCAGUGUUGGCAUUUGGUCCAUGUUCUGGACCAAUCGUGGGACAGUUGGAGGAUAUUUCCUGGCAGGUCGGUCAAUGAGCUGGUGGCCGGUGAGUUCAACAUGUGCCUUCGCUGAAGUAGGAGGCUACAGCUCUCUGCUGGCCAAAUACAGCUCUGCCAUGCCCAGUAAUUUUUCUUCCAUGGACCCCCAGUGCUACAACAUCUCCUCCCUCUGCUACACCCCCAGACAGGACGCCUUCAACCUGCUGAGGGACCCAACCAAAGGCGACCUACCCUGGCCUGGGGUAUUGUUUGGGAUUGCUAUCGUGGGAGGCUGGUACUGGUGCACAGACCAGGUCAAUAUCCAGGUUCAAUCCUGUCAUUUCACAUGCUUUGAGUUUAAGCCUCAAACUUCAUCCUUCCUUUUCCUGAGUGAGGUGGGCUGCUCCAACAUUGCUUAUCCUAAACUAGUGGUCUCAGUCAUGCCCAAUGGUACUGGCAGCUGUAUUUUCCCCUCUAACUGCCCAUUCUUGGUGUGUGGAAUCCAUUACCUGCACUUUGCAAUCAUACUCUUCUUCUGCACAUUUGCACUGGUGCUGCUGGUCAGCUACUGCACUGAGCCUAUUGAGGACCAACAUCUUCAUCGCCUGGUGUUCAGUCUUCGGCAUUCCAAAGAGGAGAGGAAAGACCUGGACUGGGAGCAAGAGGAGAAAGGGAGAAGAGCCCGACGAGAGGCUGAGGAUAGGAUGAGGGAGAAUAUCAAUAGUGGUGCAGGGACUGAGGAGGAAGAGGGGUCAGGUAUCUGUCGCCUGAUUGCUCGUCUCUGUGGAAGGGCCAGCAGCUCCCCCGACCUGCAGCAAGAAGCACCAGAGGAGACGGAGCAGAUGCCUGACAUCAGUGAGGAGCCGGUGUGGAAGGUGUGCACUGUGGAUGCUAAUGCUUUCAUCAUGAUGGCUCUAGCAGUUUUCAUGUGGGGUUACUUUGCUUAA